GAAAAUUCGAUCUACGAUUCCCUACCGAAAGACUUCCUUUCCGCCAUAUUGGUCAACCAGCACGUGUGUUUGGAUUUAAUUUGUCCGAAAACUCAUCAUAUUCUUUGCAAAAAUGCAGAACGACGCCGGAGAAUAUGUUGAUAUCUCGGCUAGUAACAGAAUAAUCCAUGCUAAAGAUCAUGCUUCUAUUCAAAUCAACAUUGCUGAUGUUGAUCCAGAAACUGGACGCAUGACUGGCACCUCCAAAACCUAUGCUAUCUGUGGAACCAUCCGCCGAAUGGGGGAAUCUGACGAUUCCAUCAAUCGCUUAGCUGUGAAGGAUAACUUAUUGGCACCCAAUUUUUAA